CUCCGCGCCACCAGCGAAAGACAGCGCUGCGCUGUAUCCAGUGCGCGAACGUCACAGAACGAGCGAGUGCAACAAGUGACAACUGAUAAGUGAACAACGCUCCGUGCGGUGUGCAACAAGUACCGUGCAACGCAACAGAGCGACGAUGUCGUCGCCGUCUUCGACCCUCGACGGGCUGCCUAAGCAGUUCGUGACCGCCAUGCGCACCCUGUUCGACAUCAUGGACGACCAGCGCACCGGGUGCGUCAGCUUCGCCGAGAUCGAGAACCGGUGGCAGGACGACGAGGCGAAGGGGCUGCCGAAGGGCGUCAUCGAGAGCUUGCGGAAGGUCACGCCGGCCAGCGGGUCGCUGUCGUUCGAGCGGUUCUGCGCCGGGCUGAAGAUCUGUCUGCUGAGGAAUCAGAACCAAAUCGAGAGGAAACCCGACCACCCCCACAACCGCCCCCCGUCCGCCCCCCUUCUCGACGUAGACCACCCCUUAAAGUCCAGCUGGAGCAACACCGCCGCCGUCAGGCCCAACGUCAUCUCGCAACAGCGCACCCUCUCCAUGCCCCAACUCCUGCCCCCCAACAAGGACCCCCCCACGAAUAACACCGAGCCAAUGGAGAAAUCCGUCCCGAACGUGAAACCUGCCCUUUACGGUCCGCCCAAACCGCCCCGGACUGCCAUCGGCUUAGACAGGGGCGGCAAUUUGGACAGGGGCGGAAAUUUGGACAGGGCGGAGAUCAGGACGGCGCUGCAGCAAUGGCAGAUGGGACUGAUGUUGAGCGAUCAGGAGAACAAAGGGGGGGAGAAGCGGCAGGGGCAGCAGUACGGUGGGGGGUUGCUAAGGACUGGGAGAAGUAUGGGGGAUGGCAAAGCUGCUGUGCAACCGGAUGGUGGAAUCUAUCAGAAGAAACCUAAUGCAAGACGAAGAGAACCUCGUCGACACACCUUGCAGAACGGCAUCGACUACAACAUGCUGAAGAGGAUGAAGCAGAUCGAGCAGGAGAAGGAGGUGUUGACGCAGGGCCUGGCAGCGGUUGAGAAGGCUCGAGAGUGGUACCUGAAGCAGGUGGCCGUGGUGCAAGAGAAGAUGAAGUACCUGGGCAGGAUGGGGCAUGUGGAGCAUUGGUCGGAAGCCCAGCAAGAACGCCUGGAGCUGCAGCGCGCCAGGGUGCUCGAGGUGAACCGGCACCUGGCCACCCUGACCGAGAGCUGGGAGCGGGGCGGACUGCCCCUGCACAUGAACCUUGCGGUGCACCACUACCCGCAGGCGCACCACCCGCCCCAAGACAUAACCGGCAGGCUGAAGCAGCAGAACAGGCUGCUCACAGAAGAGGUGAGUAAAAAAAGUGAAAGGAUAUCUGCACUUGAACAUGAGAAAGCAAAUCUCAUCCAGUUCUUACAAACGAGAUCAGUACCGCCUAGCAGAAAUAUUGUACAGGAGGAAGCAGUAUUUUGAAUAAUAGGUCAAAAGUAAGAAGAUAACAAUAUAUGUGAUUUUUAUUGAAAAUAUUUCUUGUAAAAAUAAGUUAGUGACCCCUGAAGAAAAAUCGUUUUUCCACACACUUUUAGCUAUGGAAAAUUUAUGUUCAUGUACAUUGACUUGCCACAUAUAACAAUUUGAAUUUAUAUGUUUUUACACAAAGCAAUAAUGAUGUACUUAGAUAUGUUUAAAAUAUGUGUAACACUCUUUUGAAAUUAGUGCCAAAUUGAAUUGAAUGCUUGAAUAUGUUAUAACUGAGUAUGAACACUUGUGUGAAAGUGAUUAGUGCCAUUUUGUAAUAGAAAAUUAACAUUUUUAAGUUGGAAACAACUCCAAAGGU